CCUGCAUCCCGCAGACCCGCCUCGCCUCACCCCCACCAGCCAGCGGACCACGAGCUUCCACAAGCUGCCUUAGGCCCCUUCGUCCAGCUCCCUCCACGGAGCCAGCCUGGACCUGGGGAUGGAUUACAGGGUUCCCGGAAGACCCUGCGUGGAUCUGCCCUAUUACCACGGCCCUCUGUCCAAGAAAGACUGCGAGACCCUGCUGCUGGAGAACGGCAGAGACGGCAACUUCCUGCUGAGGGACAGCGAGUCCAUGCCCGGGGUUCUGUGCCUGUGUGUCUCGUUUAAAAAUUUCGUCUACACAUACCGAAUCUUCAAAGAGAGACAUGGGUUUUACAACAUACAGACCGUGGAAGGUGCUCCCAAACGGCUCUUUACAGACCUAAAGGAAUUGAUCUCCACAUUCGAGAAACCAAAUCAAGGGCUGGUGGUUCAACUUGGACAUCCGAUGAAGCAAGCCAGCUUCUGCCCGAGAUGGAGAAGAUCACAGAUAAAGUUGGAUAGUAUUUACGAGAACAGUAACAGCGACUAUGUGGAGGUCUUGCCUUGAAGACAGAGAGACUGAGCAAAGCAAUUAGAGUAGAGAUGGGGUGACAGCUCUCACUGGCAACCCUGCCUCUCCUGCCAGUGUGGAUCUGGAAGACUGAGCUCUAGGGGACAAUUCAAACUCUCCUGGUCUGGGUGACUGAAGAUGUUCUGUCCACCAGCCUCAGAGAAAUCGCUCUCCAGAUCCCUGCCUCCCAUGCAUACACCACGAGCAGCUUUGAAACUCCUUCCCCCUCUCACUCUUCUUGCUUGGGAAAGUCAGCCUGAACCCAUUCUCCUUGACUUAGUAAAGAUAGCAUUACAUCACGGUUGACGGCCUCCUGCAGACCAGGAGAUCGGAGGCACAGCUUCAUACAGACGAGAGCACACUUGGCCAUGAGUUCUGAGCCUGAGUUCCAGUCCUGCGGCUCUGUGACUUUGGAGAAACUUCUAGCCCUGACUGGGGUCUCCACUUCUUCAUCUGUAAAGCAAACACAAGUCCUGCUCUGCUGAGCCCGGAUGUGGCGGGUGGAGUGGAGGAGUCCUGGGGUCAUGGAGCUGUACCCGGGAGUGGCUCUGAGUCCCAGCCUUCCAAACACGCAGCAUGGUCUCUGCACCGGCCUGUCCCGGUCUUGGUCAUGGUGGGAGCCCUGACCUCCCACCUGUCCUUCUCCCCUGCAUUCUAGCUCUUCUCCUUCUUACUAAUCUUGAUAUUCCUGCCAGCCACAUCCACAAUUUCUCCCUGGUUUUGCCCAGUUUCGUUUACGCACCAACCACUUUGGCAGCGUGGAUAUGGUUCUGUACCGCAGUGAUAUCUGUGGGGAUUUUGAAGAUAUUCUCCUUUGUGUGGUUCCUGUUCCCAACUGGAUUUUAAGUGCCACCAAAGCACGGUUGGGUCUCCCUCAUAUUCUCCAAUGUGGAAACGUGUGCUACGUAGAGUUGUGCCCAUUCGCAGGAUUUUGACUAGAAACACAUUCCCAAAGGGUUUGUUGAAUUUGUUCUAAGUCCUUUGUGUUUUUCUGCUGGUUAAAAAUGUUAAUCGUGUGCGGGUCCCAGUGUUGCACGGAAUGUAUAGAAACUUUCUCCAUUUCAGUACCAUGUUUGUUGUAGCCUUUAAGACAACUAUUUUAGUUUUCGUCAGAAAUAUCUUGGGGCACCUGACUGGCUCACUGAGAAGAGCGUGCGGCUCAUAUCUUGGGGCCAUGAGUUUGAGCCCCAUGUUGGGUGUAGAGAUUAUGUAAACUUAAAAAAAAAUGCCUUGAAAUUUAUUGAUUUGUUUCUGCAUCUACUGAAAUAGUCACAUUCCUUUUAUCUUCAUUCCAUCAUAGAGGUGAAUUAGAUUAAUAAACUUGCUAAUAUUAUACCAUC